UGGUAACACGUUAGAGUAAUUUUCUGAAAAUCCUAUUUAUCGGUUUGUGACAUUUUUGUAGUUUCAGGUUGAAAAAAGAACUUUUUUUCACAGGAAUUCAAUAUAGCAGAGUCCGAUAUGGCAGUUGAAUUCAAGAAGAGGGAUCAAACACGAAUGAACCAGUGGCUCGGUGGAAAUAAAAGAUACACAUGCUUGUUUAAAGCAUCUAGGGAUGGCUGUAAUUCUACCACGUUCCAUAAUUUGUGCAAUAACAAAGGUCCAACUGUGACUAUAAUGUACAACACUAACAACUCAGUUUAUGGUGCAUAUACCUCCGUUAGUUGGGCCAGUACUGAGGGUUGGCGAGUUGACGGACAUGCAUUUUUGUUUCGACUCUAUCAAAGUGGAAAUUGGAAGCCAGUAAAACUACCGGUCAAAAACACUAAUUAUUCUACAUAUGAUGUUUCAUCAUAUGGCCCAACGUUUGGUGGUGGACACGAUCUGCCGACAUUUAAUAGCACGAUUAAUCCAAGUAGUGGAUAUUUCCAGUUCAAUAUAGCCGCAGGUACUUUUGGACACUCAUACUCCACAAAUGGAGAAACAUUAGAAUCCAUUACUAAUGGAAACAGAAACAUGAGGGACAUAGAAGUUUAUUUAGUAGAAGUUUCAGAUAAACCCACCAAUGCACCUCUUGAAGCACCAUGGAGAAACACUCCUCAGUGGAAUACAGAGUUAUUUGAAGCACUGAAAGAAAAGAUAGAUAAGUACACACCUUUGAAGGAAUUGAAAGUUCCACAAGCACGGGUUUUGUUGAUCGGACAAGUAGGAGCUGGGAAGACUAGUUUUUUUAAUACCAUAAACUCUGUUUUCCGAGGGUAUAUAACUAGACAGGCAUGUAGUGGUAAUGCAGAGCAUAGCUUAACAACUGUGUACCGAAUGUACCAAAUCAGAAAUAGUGUUUCCGGGAAACCAUUGAAUUUUAGACUACACGAUACUAGAGGACUUGAAGCUGACCAGGGAAUGGAUGCUCAUGGAAUGUCCUAUCUUCUUGACGGCAAUUUACCUGAUCGAUUCCAGUUUAAUCCAUCGGCACCAGUUACACCUGACAUAACGGGAUUUGUUGCCAUCCCACAGUUAGCAGAUAAGAUACACUGUGUUGUAUUUGUCAUAGAUGGCAGCACAGUAGACGUAAUGCCGGAAAAGGUGAUAGAAAAGAUGAAAGGUUUUCAGAUUCACAUGAACCAAAGAGGCAUUCCACAGAUUGUAUUACUUACUAAAAUAGACAAAGUAUGUGAGGCUACAAGUGAAGAUCUAUCACAAAUUUUCUUCAGUCCUGUCGUCCAGGAAAGUGUAGAUCGAGUUUCUCAGAUAUUGGGACUACCAAGAUCUAACAUCUUACCCAUUAAGAAUUACGAAUCAGAAAUCGAACUUCAUGCAAAUGUAAACAUUCUGACAUUGUUGACCUUGCAGCAAAUAUUGAAUUCAGCUGACGACUAUAUGUAUAAUUACCUUGACAAAAUUGAAGACGGGAAACUCCAGCAACUGAACAUCAGGGAAUAACUCAAAACAUUUCUGUAACUGAAAGUAAUAGAUCAGAAAAUUUAAUCAAACUGUAUUGAAAUUGAAAAAUUACUUUUUACCAUUUUUUUUAAAUUGCUUAUACAUCAACCUACACUAGGCUCUUUAAUAUCUAUAAAUUAGGAAAGUCAAAUGCUAAAUUACACAUAAUGCACAGUUGUCAUUGGAACAACUAAAACAUUAAGGUUAAGCGGAUAAUAUUAAAGGCAACCUACAAGU